UGUUUAGGCUUAGAGGGCAAAGGUUCCGUUCUCGAUUUCGCAGGCGACUGUCCUUAGGCUGCGGCCCUCGGUACCGGGCCGGGUGGAAGGGUCUGUCGGGCCGGGCUGCGCGAUGCGGAGACUGCAGGUGGUGCUGGGCCACCUGAACGGCCGGCCCGACUCGGGCUCGAAGCCUGCGCUGCAGGCCGCGCCGUGCUGGGGCGGCCCUCCGCGCGCCUCGCCCGAGGACGUGGUGGUGGUACACGGGCGGCGCACGGCCAUCGGCCGAGGCGGCCGCGGCGGCUUCAAGGACACCACCCCCGACGAGCUCCUCUCGGCCGUCAUGACCGCGGUUCUCCAGGACCUCAAGCUGAGCCCGACCCAACUGGGAGACAUCUGCGUGGGAAACGUGCUUCAGCCAGGGGCCGGGGCGGUCAUGGCCCGCAUCGCCCAGUUUCUGAGUGACAUCCCAGAGACUGUGCCUUUGACCUCUGUCAACAGACAGUGUUCUUCUGGGCUCCAGGCAGUGGCCAACAUCGCUGGUGGCAUCAGAAAUGGGUCUUAUGACAUUGGCAUGGCUUGUGGAGUGGAGUCUAUGUCCCUGGCUGACAGAGGAAACCCUGGAAAUAUUACUUCACGCUUGGUGGAUAAGGAGAAGGCCAGGGACUGCCUGAUUCCCAUGGGGAUAACCUCGGAGAACGUGGCCGAGCGGUUUGGCAUUUCACGGGAGAAGCAGGAUGCCUUUGCACUGGCUUCCCAGCAAAAGGCAGCGAGAGCCCAGAGCAAGGGCUGUUUCCAGGCUGAGAUUGUGCCUGUGACCACCAUGGUCCAUGAUGACAAGGGCACCGAGAGGAGGAUCACCGUGGCCCAGGAUGAGGGGAUCCGACCCAACACCACGCUGGAGGGCCUGGCCAAACUGAAGCCUGCCUUCAAGCAGGGCGGCUCCACCACCGCUGGAAACUCUAGCCAAGUGAGCGAUGGGGCAGCUGCCAUCCUGCUGGCCCGGAGGUCCAAGGCGGAGGAGCUGGGCCUCCCCAUCCUUGGGAUCCUGAGGUCCUAUGCAGUGGUUGGGGUCCCACCCGACAUCAUGGGCGUUGGACCUGCCUACGCCAUCCCUGAAGCUUUGAAAAAAGCAGGGCUGUCGGUGCACGACGUGGACAUCUUUGAGAUCAAUGAGGCCUUUGCCAGCCAGGCUGUCUACUGUGUGGAGAAGCUCGGAUUGCCCCCCGAGAAGGUGAACCCUCUGGGGGGUGCGGUCGCCUUGGGCCACCCACUGGGCUGCACCGGGGCUCGACAAGUCAUCACGCUGCUCAACGAGCUGAAGCGGCGUGGGAAGAGGGCAUACGGGGUGGUGUCCAUGUGCAUCGGGACCGGAAUGGGAGCCGCUGCUGUCUUUGAAUACCCUGGCAACUGAGCGAGGCGCUGCCCACUUUGCUGGAGGCGAGAAAGCAACACUACGGGAGUGACGCCACGUGGGGAAAUUCAGCAUGGUGGCUGUGGCGGCAGCGGGCAAAUCCAGGCACUUCAGCUAACUUGGACCACGUGACCACUGAGGACAGUGCAGGAGUGGGCGAGGUACUGGGUCACCCAGGCCACGAGGCCACCGUGUAAUUACAGGGCAGGGGCCUUUGGAUGAGGGUGCAAUAGACAUAUAGAUGUACGUCAGCU